AGGCGGUGUUUUCAAUUUUUAUUUACAAAAGUGUUACAGUUUAUAUCCUCUUUGUACAAAAGUGGAUUCGACAAAAUUUUGUGACUUCAAGGCCAUUUUACUGUAAAAACUAUAAUAUUUAAAAUAUAUCCCAUUACAGUGUCGUCGUGUGAUACAGAAAUGAAAAUUCUGUAUUGAGUUUAGUUGUUCUUCAUGGAAUGACUCACAUUAGUAACAAAAAACUUUUACGUCAUAAAUUUCACCAACAAAGUGCUUCAAAACAGUAAUUAUGGCCGAUAGAGAACAAGCGAGAAGUGCGCUGACGAAAAGGUCAAUGAAUACCACAAUAGAACUGCCAAUAUUAAUGAACAUCAUAGCAAUAAAUGUUGCAGGUUCCGCACUCAGCAAUGUUAUUUUAUACCGCACAUGCUUGCACUCACUGAAUCACACCCAUGAAGAAUGCAAGCCAUUCCUGUCUCCAAUAAAAUCAAAUGCCACACAAUGGCUUGAAAAAGAUGUACAAGCAUAUGCUGCAUUUGUUAUAACAGUUAAAACAGUAUUAGAGUACAUCGGACCAGCAAUCCUAUCGUUGUUUCUUGGAGUUUGGUCUGAUACAUAUGGCAGAAAACCACUACUAGUGUGGCCAAUAUUUGGUCUUUCUAUAACGAGCCUGCUUCAUGUAGUCUACAGUGUGACCGACGCCCUGGGUCCAUGGUGGUUUAUAGCGACUGUUGUACCAUUCUCCUUUAGCGGUGGUUUUGUUGUAUUGUUCACUGGAGCAUAUUGCUAUGUCAGUGAUAUAAGUACACCCGAAAAUACGUCACUUAGGAUGACAAUAUUAGAUGCGACCACAGUAUUAGGCUCGUUUUUUGGCUCCCUGAUUAGCUCCUACCUUAUAUUAGCCUUUGGAAAUGUGAAUUUACUAUUAUUGGCUGCUUCCUUUAAUGUAUUAGCGUAUGCUUUUACUCACAUUUGCAUUGUUGAAUCCUUAGUUGGCGCUUUGCAGGGUGGCGUAACGCGGGUUCUAGAUCUACUUCUCGUCAAGGAAAUGAUCGGUGAAUGUUUCAAGAAACGCCCUAAUUUCGGCCGAGCGCAGAUAAUCUUGAUCACCCUUGUCAAGUUUCUCUCCAUAGUCAUGAUGUGCGGGACAGGCAUGUUGGAAUAUUUGUUCACCAGAAACGUCCUGAAUUGGGACCUCCAGGAGUACACAGUUUACUCGUCAGUGAGCACUUUGGUGGCGUUUUUCGGCGGUUUCCUGGGUAUCAUCGUGGUGCAGAAGCUGUUCAGAAUGGGAGAUAUUAUGUUCUCGAUCGUGGCAAUACUGACGUCGGCGGGCGAAUACUUUAUCAAGAUGAAUGCGAAGAACGCUUUUGACAUGUAUAUAAGUUGUUUUGUAUCCAUGUUCAAGAAUCUCUCCGGGCCCCUAACUCGGUCGUACAUGACAAAGCUUCUGCCAUUGGAAGAUAUAGCUAAAGUCUUCGCUUUCAUGUGCACAGUCGAGAGUCUAGCGCCUAUCAUUACACCGGUUGUGUACAACUCGCUGUAUUCGGUGACAGUGAGCAGUUUUCCCGGAUCUAUAUAUCUGUUGAGCGCGAUGCUGGCUACAUUCUCUGCGAUUCUUCUGGCGGUGGUUUUUGGCUUCUCAUGGAAGAAUUCGUCUUUGCCAACUUAUGAACGAAUCAUCAAUGCACAAAGUCAGGAAGAUAUAGCAGGAGCGUAACAUUUGGAAAGUUAUCAGAAGAUAAAAUAUAUUAUGAAGAGAUAAGCUGAAAAGUACUAUAUCUCAAGUUGUAAAUAUCUGUAUAUAUUAUUAUUUAUUUACAUUGUCUAUUGUUUAUUUGUCCUAUUAACACUAUCACUACAUAGUAAAAUUUGUUUAACAUAGUUUGAUAAUAGAUGGCGUAGGUGUAUGCGAUUUCAUUAACAUGAAAAUUUAAAUAAUACUGAAUGACCGAUGCUCCCCGGCGUUUUGUGUCCGCUAAGAAAAACCCACGGGAACAAUACUUUUUAAAGAACCUCAACUUUAAGACACAUGUUACUGCUUCCCGACUCUUCUUCAUUAUGUUAACUCCAAAAUCCAAAUCACAUCAAAACCAAAACUGUAGUUUUAAACUAUUAGCAGAGAAUAUACUUGGUUUAUAACGUACCUAUAGAAUAUA